CCGUCCCCAUCCCCACCGUCACCGAAGCGACGCGACGCGACGCGACUGCUGCUUGGGAUUUGAUUAGUUGUGUUGAGAGAUGGCCACACCGCAACUGCUGCUACGCCGCGCCUUCUCCUCCUCCUUCCUCUCCUCCCCAUUCCGCCGCCCGCCACUCCACCCCGCCCGCUCCUUCGUUCCCCCCCGCGCCGCCAUGGCAUCCUCCGCCGCGCCGUUCCACAUGGUCCAGAUCCAGCGCGACGACACGACUUUUGAUGCCUAUGUUGUUGGAAAAGAGAAUGCUCCUGGAAUUGUUGUUUUGCAAGAGUGGUGGGGGGUUGACUAUGAGAUCAAGAAUCAUGCUGUCCACAUUUCCCAAAUUGGUGAAGGAUACAGAGCUCUCAUUCCAGAUUUGUAUCGUGGUAAGGUUGCUCUUGAUGUAGCGGAAGCUCAGCAUCUGAUGGAAGGUCUAGACUGGCCGGGUGCGGUCAAGGAUAUUCAGGCUUCAGUUAAAUGGCUCAAGGCAAAUGGAUCACCCAAGGUUGGUGUUACUGGAUAUUGCAUGGGAGGCGCUUUGUCAAUUGCAAGUGGAGUUUCAGUCCCAGAGGUUGAUGCUGUUGUGGCUUUCUAUGGGACACCACCUUCUGAGCUUGCCGAUGCUUCCAAGGCCCAGGCUCCCAUCCAGGCUCAUUUUGGGGAGCUUGACAGUUUUGUUGGAUUUGCAGAUGUCACGGCAGCCAAGUCGCUGGAGGAGAAGCUCAAGUCAUCUGGCGUGCCACAUGAAGUCCACAUCUACCCUGGCUGCUCGCAUGCUUUUAUGAACACAUCACCUGAGGCCGUCAAGAGGAGGAAGGAGAUGGGUCUGACUGAUGAGAACCAGGCAGCAAUUGACCUGGCCUGGUCUCGCUUCUCGACUUGGAUGGGUCGUUUCCUUGGAUCGGCGUGAGCCAUUUACGCAUAUAUGUUGUCAACCUGUCAGGUUGUAUGAAUAAAAUCAUUCAGGCCAGAUGCAGAGUAAUUAAGUAUACCCAAACCAAAUAAUUGUGCUGUGUUGGACUAUGUGAACAUGCCAUGCUUUGGUUUGCGAAUUAUCUGUGGUUUUACUGUGCUUUCGAGAUUGCAUA